UUCCCAGCCAUGGCGUUACUCCCGGUGUUGCUGUUCCUGGUCCCUGUGUUGCUUCCCUUCUUUCCUGCAGAUGGAAAGAACCCAGGUUUUGGUGAUUUGUCAACCACCCUAACAGAAGCACAGAGAGAGAUUGUAAACAAACACAAUGAUCUAAGGAGAACAGUCACUCCACCUGCCAAAAACAUGCUGAAGAUGAAAUGGGACAACAAGACAGCAGAAAAUGCCCAAAAGUGGGCAGACAAGUGCCUUCAAGAACACAGCACAUUAGAGGAUCGAGUAAUCAGUAUGAAUUGUGGUGAGAACCUCUAUAUGUCAAGUGAUCCUACUUCAUGGUCACAUGCAAUCCAAACCUGGUUCGAUGAGAUCAAGGAUUUUGACUAUGGUAUAGGACCAAAAUAUAAGGAUGCAGUGGUUGGACAUUAUACCCAGGUUGUUUGGUACUCAUCUUAUACUGUUGGAUGUGGAGUUGCCUAUUGUCCCGAACAACCAUCUCUAAAAUACUACUAUGUUUGCCAAUAUUGUCCUGCCGGUAAUGUUCAAAGCAAGACACAUAUCCCCUACCUAAAAGGAAUACCUUGUGCCAGCUGCCCUGAUCACUGUGACAAUGGACUAUGCACCAAUACUUGCGAUUAUGAAGAUGCUUAUUCAAACUGUAAAGAUUUGAAGAAUCAACUGGGCUGUGAAAAUCCUCUCGUCAAGAACAGUUGCAAGGCUUCCUGCAACUGUGAAAAAAAAAUUUAUUAA